UGGAACUUCAUCGUCACUUCGUUUUCGGUGGGGGCGACUGAUGAGACGCUCUGAGUCACUGCACCCGAUUACUCCUCGCCGAGCUGCUGGAUUGUAAAUACGAUGGCAAUAUUUUGAUUAUCCCUCGGUUCAUAAGUUGUGCCCCUUAAAGCUCCUCUAGCCGACUUCAUUGGUUCCUGCCAUUGGAACUGCAUGUGCUGAGUCGUGGUUUCUCGUUCAGUGCAUCUCUCAUCAAUCCCAUUUUUGUAUCAUCGUUCUCCGAUCUUUGCGUCUUCUCGUCACCCCACCUUCUUUUUGGAUUUCGGGUUCUUGUAUAUUAUCAAGUAUAACUCUCCUUCAGGCUAAUGAUCCCCAUCCGGACCCGCGGCGGCGCUUCCCCCCGAUAUAGCAGACAAGCGGUGGCCGAGGCCCCACCCUCUCGGGUCGUACGGAGGCCGGUGCCGGAGCGGGAGGUUAAAGAUGCUAGGAGCUACCAAAUCGAGCAGUUGAAGCGCCGAUACUCUGCAAAGGAGGUCGACCUGGACGGGGAACUAUCCCUCCUUUUUAACCUUUCCCCGUCUGACCCUGACUUCCCCUUUGACCUGGACCAUUUAGAAUGUGACCUUCGGAUCCCCACAAGGUAUCCGAGGCAAUCACCCCGUCUGCACAUCAAGAAUGGCAAUAUUCCCCGAGGAUUUGCUAUCAAUAUUGAAAGAGGCUGGGACAAGCUUGUUGAGGAGAAGCGAGGAGCAACUCUCCUCGCCCUGACCAAUGCCCUUGACAGGAGGCUCGAGUCUCUGUUAUCAGAGCAGAAGGCCGAGACGGUUAAGUUGACAAUAUUCAAGGGCAGCCGACCUCAGGAUGCUGAACCGGCGCCUGUAGCGGAGGAGGCACCGGCCGCGAAACAUGCUCCCGAGUCCUUCGUAGUUGGCGGACCAUACAUCCCGGAGGAAUCCCAUUCAAGGGAGCAGAUUGCCGAAGCAAAGGCACGAAGGGCCCAGGAAGUCAGGCAGCUCGAAACUCGCAUGAGUCGAUUGGCAUUGUACCACAGAUCCAGCGACGGCGUCGUUUACACGCUGCCCCUAGAACCGAAGCGCAGGGCAGAUCUCCCCGUCGGCCUUCGGCAGGUCCAGUCCGUCCAGCUCAUUAUACCUCUCCUUUAUCCCCUUCAGUCCCUGCGGAUCCUUCUGAACGAUGUCGAGUCUGAAGAUGCGGGGCCUUUGGAGGAGCUCUUCGCGCAGAAGGCGGCAGAGCAGAAGCAUAUGUCCUUGAUGAGCCAACUAAACUACCUUGCUCAGAACAUGCAUACUCUGGCGAAACAAGUCCAGGCACCACCUGUUGGAGAUAGGGAAACUGGCGAAGCGGAACGGAACGUAGCUCACAAGGCAAACGAGGCUGAGCAUUCCUCAACCUUGGACGCUGAAAAGGGGCAUAUUCGCAUAAUCCCCCGACCCCCUGAGUGGGCCGCUGACGACGGGUCGGACGACUGGGACGAGUCUGAUGAGGAAUCCUACGAGGAAGAUGAAGAUGACGGAGAAGUUGCCAUCGAGCAAGGACAGACGGGCGGCCCAUCGCUGCCCAGUCAGACACAAGAGCGGGGAACCGCAUUGCUUUUCCCUUCAAUCGAGUUACACGGCAUCGAGCUGCUACAAGUUUCCAUCCUCAGCCUCAGCCUCAAGUGCGACCGCUGUAAGACGCUGAACGAGUUGAGAGGGCUGAAGGAUAACCUCGAGAAGUCCAGCAGCUGCAAGAAAUGCGCAACACCAUUUACUGUCCGUUUCCGCCAGGAAUUCGUCCAUCAAAACUCGACUCGCGCGGGGUUUAUCGACGCCACUGCUUGCACCGUGGCUGAUCUGCUUCCAAGCACCUUCUUGCCCACCUGUGGCCGGUGCUCCACUGCCGCAGGCGGCCUCGUCUCGGUGCGCGGCGAGGCGACAACCAACGUGUGCCGCGAAUGCCACGCCCGCUUCACCUUCAAGAUCCCCGACGUCAAGUUCCUCGCCUACGGUCCGGGGUCGUUAGGCGGCGCACUGCCGGCCCCGCGUCGCAGACAGCAGCAGGAAAAGCUGGGCCUCCACGCCGGCGAGCCCCUCCCCAACCGCGGCGCGUGCGUCCACUACCGGCGCAGCCACCGCUGGUUCCGCUUCUCGUGCUGCAACAAGGUGCACCCGUGCGACAAGUGCCAUGACGCCGUCGAGGACCACGUCAACGAGUGGGCCAACAGGAUGAUCUGUGGCUGGUGCUCCAGAGAGCAGAGGUACAGGGUCGAGGACUGUGCGUUUUGCGGAAGGAGUGUGAUUGGAAAGAGAGGGAAGGGAUAUUGGGAGGGUGGGAAGGGAACGAGGAAUCAGGUGCUGAUGAGGCGGGGAGACAAGAGGAAGUAUCGGCGGUUGGGACCUGGCGCGAAGAAGGAGGAGUGAAAAGCCGUCAGUAUAUACGGAGGUCAAGUAUAGGUUCAGCAGUUGGACCAACAACGAUCUCAGCAGUGUUUUCCGUUUUGCCCUGUCCAUACACACCGAACUUCAUGAUCGGGGGCGGGAUUAUGGACUCUGGCGCUCCAAUUUGCAGAUGUCGCUGUUACCUAAAACUGUCGUGCAUAAGCUGAAUUCACUCCGCAGACAUCAUCGUCGCCAUAAACCCGCAUUUGUUUAUCGCCCCCAAAUUGUACUGUACAAUACAAUACAGAAUCGC